AGUGAUAUUCCCUGUAGCUCCCACUGUCCCAAAUCGCGUCCAAUCAUUCACGGCUUUGUUCUUCUUUUGGAAUCGCCUGCCGCCCAUAAAGCGACAGGGGUCGCCAACCAUGACGCGAGCUAGCUUCACAGGUCAACACUACCAAAUAUCUUGGAAACCUUCCCUUUUGUCACCACCUUUUACCUAGAUUUUCUCUUCUCUCAUGAACCUCACAAAUUGUUUGCCUAUUGAUUCGCCAGUCUCGUGGUCGACUGUUAUGAAACAUCAAUCAACACAAACAUAAUUCUUCGCAACACCCUUUAUUAUCGUUUGAGAAAAGGUCCUUUCUUACCUACUCCCCGUCCGGGGCGCUCUCCCUCCUCCCACGCUCCGUUCACAAGUUCGCUCUUGUCGUCGACCUCAACCCGAAAAUGUCUUCGACAGAAGCCGACGCUUCGGCGUCGGCGACCGAUUCUGCGAGCGGGACAGCAUCAUCUGUAGCCAGCACUAUCGCGAGCUCCUUGAUCUCCUCUGCUAUCUCUGCUUCUGAAACGCUUAGCGGAUCCCGGACGACUUCUGAUGAGCCAACAACAACGACUUCAGGAGUGCUGGGAUCGUCAACCAGCGCUGCCGACAAGGACAAAGGAAUUGGCAUCGUUAGUUUCCUCACUGCCGUGGCUGUCGCCGUGGCCAUUUUUGCGGUUCAGGUUUUACUAUUUCUUUUCCUUCGUAACAAGUUGGCUCGAAUAUUCAAACCGAAAACUUACCUUGUCCCCGAACGCGAACGAACAGAACCCCCACCGAGAGGAAUCGUGAGUAUGAUGAAGACGUUAUGGCACUAUGGAGAUCGAGAAGUGAUCGAGAAAUGUGGUCUCGAUGCCUACUUCUUUCUGCGCUACUUGAAGACUCUUCUCAUUAUAUUUACUCCCAUUUGCGGCAUCGUCAUGCCAAUUCUUAUUCCCAUGAACUAUGUCGGCGGUCGUGGCCAGAAGGUCGAUGUCAAAGACGAUGACGACGAGAGGAAUGAAGGUACACCCACUGGAUUAGACACUCUCGCUUGGGGUAACGUCAGUCCGAAUAAUACAAGCAGAUAUGCUGCUCAUCUAUUGAUGGCCAUUCUCGUGGUUAUAUGGGUGUGCUGGGUAUUUUUCUUCGAGUUACGAGUCUAUAUUAAGGUUCGACAAGAUUACCUCACCAGUGCAGAGCACCGACUUCGAGCUUCUGCCACUACAGUACUUGUCAGUUCUAUUCCCGCCAAAUGGCUCAGUGAGGAGGCACUCAUGGGCCUUUUCGAUGUGUUCCCUGGUGGAAUUCGAAACGUUUGGCUCAAUCGAGAUUUAUCGAGUCUGCUCGACAAAGUGAAGGAACGAGACGAGAUUCACGCGAAGCUUGAAUCAGCACAAACAGAUCUCAUAAAGGACGCAAAAAAGGCACAGCUGAAGCAGAAGAAAGCGGCGGAAAAGAAGGAACGCAAAGAAAUGAAGCUCGGUUCGCUUAGCAAGCAGGAACGGGCAGAUCGACAGGCGGAAGAAGAUGCCGAAGCUCACCGAAUGGCGAUGAGCCCUGGAGGUACCACUGCUGGCGACAAGCACGACGUUCCUCAUACUGUUGAUGCUGGUGUUCGCGAGUCUCAAUACGAGAACUUCAACAACGGCACUCAGAAUAAGUCUGACGACGACAAGAGCCAAUCUAAGGGAUUUAAGGUGCCCCUCUUGGGUGAUCCUCUGGCUAAAGUCGGCCAUGGCAUUUUGGGUGUUGUUUCUAAAGCCGGAAACAACGUGGAUGAGACCCUAGAGACAACCAAUGGCUUCAUUGGCAUGAACCAACCGAAUGAGCCUCGAGCUCCGUCGCGAAGCUCUGAUCGAUAUCGGCUUCGGCCUUCAGUUGACGUGGAAGACAACAGUCCCACCUCGGAAUCUCAACGAGCGCAAAACAACGAGUCGCGUAACACUAACAGGUUAUCGGCUGAGAGUACCACUGCUAUUAACCCAAGAUCAAGAACGCCUAAGCCAGUUGGCAACACCGUCCGAAAGCUCGCGAACGAGGAUGACAUCUACCUGAAAGAGGAUGUCAAGUGGUGGCAGUUUUGGAAACCACCUCCUGGUGCUUAUGCUUCGCCUGUGCCCCAGGGAGAAGCUGCUGCGGCUUACAUGGAAGGCAAAUCAACCGAGAGCAAGCCACUUUGGCAAAGAAUUAAGUACGCUCUCCCAUUCAUGAGCCCGGAUGUGGAAGAGCCUACCGAGUAUCCUGAGGCAUACAACCCUGAUUACCAAGAAGAUGCAGAGCCCGCGGAAUGGGAGAAAUAUCUUAAGAAGAAAGAUCGCCCAACCCAUCGUCUGCCCCUCUUUGGAAAGAAAUGGCUUUUCGCUGUGCCAUUUGUCACCAAGAAGGUUGAUUCGAUCUACUGGUGUCGACAGGAGCUGGCCCGUUUGAAUCUGGAAAUUGAGGAGGAUCAGAAGCACCCUGAGCGAUUCCCGCUUAUGAACUCAGCCUUUAUCCAGUUCAACCACCAGGUUGCAGCACAUAUGGCUUGCCAAAGCGUCAUCCACCACGUUCCCAAACAAAUGGCCCCAAGAAUCAACGAGGUCUCUCCGAAGGAUGUUAUUUGGAACAACAUGGCAUUUUCAUGGUGGCAGGAAUGGUUGCGAUCGGCACUCGUUUUCACAACUGUCAUUGGUAUGAUCAUACUCUGGGCUAUUCCUGUGGCUUGGACAGCUGCCUUGAGUCAACUCGAUAACCUCAUUCGAAACAAUGAAUGGCUGUCUUUUUUGAAGGAAAACGAGGCUGUCCACAACAUUGCCAAGGCCGUGGCAGGUGUCUUGCCUGCCGUUGUCCUCGGUCUGCUCUUGUUCCUGGUCCCCCUUCUUCUUGACUUCCUCGCCGAAUUCAAAGGUGCGAAGACAGGAUCCCAGAAGACUGAGUUUGUGCAGAUCUUCUAUUUCGUCUUCCUCUUCAUUCAAGUUUUCCUGAUUGUCUCAAUCGCGUCGUUCUUCGCGGCCUCUAUUGACGAGCUGUAUAACAACGUGAGGAAACUUAACACGGUGGAAUCCGUUUUGAACCUACUCGCCUACAAUCUACCGACUGCUGCCAACUACUUUUUCUCCUACAUGAUUCUGCAGGCCAUGUCCACAAGCUCAGCGACUCUUCUCCAGCUUGGCGCACUCUUUGUGUGGUAUAUCCUUGCCAGGAUUCUCGACAGUACUGCCCGUAACAAGUGGUCUCGAAACACCAACUUGCGCCAGAUCAAAUGGGGAUCAUUCUUCCCUAUCUACACCAACUUUGCGUGUAUCGCGAUCAUCUACUGCGUCAUUGCACCACUGAUUUCGGUUUUCGCAAUCAUCACUUUUGGUCUUCUGUGGUUUGCUCAGCGAUACGCUAUGCUCUAUGUCAAUCGAUUCGAACACGAUACAGGCGGUGUCUUGUAUCCUCGUGCUAUCAACCAGACUUUCACAGGCAUUUACUUCAUGGAACUUUCCAUUGCUGGUUUAUUCUUCAUCGUGAAGGACGAACAUGGAAAUAGCACCUGCACGCCUCAUGGCACAAUCAUGAUUGUGGUUUUCUUCCUUACCAUUAUCUACCAGGUACUUCUCAACUUCUCUUUCUCUCCACUCUUCCGCUACCUCCCCAUCACUUUUGAAGAUGAGGCAGUUUUGCGAGAUGAAGCAUUCCAGCGUGCUCAAGAUCGCCGUCUUGGCCUUUAUGACGACGAUGACCUUCCCGAGGAAGACGACGACAUGCAGGCAAAAGAGAAGGCUGCACAGCCUGAAACGAACCAUGAUAUUGAGCUGCGAAGGUUUGGCACACUUCGACGACCCGUGAAACAGGUUGGAACAUGGGCUAGGGACGGAGGACAACAACUCCGCAAGAUCGCGGUUGUCAAUAAGGCAAAAGACAAGAACAAGAGAGCAUCAGCCUAUCGACGACAGCACCGACAGAAAGAUAUCGAAGCGCAGCGUGCCAUUGGUGAAGCGCUCUUCGGAGGAAUUCACGACGAAAUCGAAGAUCUUACUCCUGAUGAGAGAGAUGCUCUCACUAGACACGCGUUUCAGCAUGAAGCUCUUCGAGCUCGUCGACCUACUGUCUGGAUUCCUCGCGACGAUCUGGGCAUCAGCGAUGAUGAGAUUCGUCGAACACAGGCGUACAGCGAACACAUCUGGAUCAGCAAUGAGGGCACGGCUCUUGACAGCAAGGUCCGUGUCGUUUAUGGCAGGGCUCCUCCAGAUUUCUCAGAGGUAGACUUGAUCAACCUGUAAACGAAAUGGGGUGGUUAGGAAAGGAACGUGAUACCGACGAGGGGUUUAGCAUUAGAUGAUAUACUGCUCGGGUUUGUUUUAGCAUUCACGUUUAUAUUGCAUUGCGUCUGUGGCUAAGAUAUGUCUGUCGCUCGUUCACCACAGCUUGCUGGCAAGAUGUGGUAUUACAGAUGUAUCAGGGCGGAUGGACUUCAUUGCAUGCCUGGCUCUUAGUUUGUCUUUUUCAUUCUGGAUACAAGCGAUGGUGCUGGGGAGAAAUUCUGAUUUUUUAUACUCCUUAGAUGAUACAAUUCAUAAAUUUCAUUCCUACGAGCA